GGUUAAAGGGAAAGGCCGAGGAUUUGAGCGAGACAGAAGAUGCAGCAGACGAGAGCAGAAGGAACAGAUGGCAUUAAAGGAUGGAUUAAAGGAAUCUGGGUGGUUUGAGAUAUGAAAAAAGAAAAAAAAGGAAAAAAAAAGGAAAGAAGGAAGAAAGAAAACACAGUGGCAGGGUGACAGAAAGCAUGAAAGGUGAGACGAUGAUGGGAGGAGAAGAAGCUGGGUCGAGUCUGUCAGUGAGAUUUGCUGAUCCUUGAAGCUGAGAUUAUUCUUCUAUCUUUACAUCUGUUCCAAACACAGCACUCCUGCCCUCCUCAAAUGCUCGACAUCACUCAUCAUCUCAUCCAUGACACUUUCUCUCUAUAACCUUCUUUCCAGGCUUCACCUCAUUUGAAUUUUCUUGCUCUUGCUCGGAUCUUGGAUCGUCAUGCUGAAGCUGGUGUCCAGACGCAGCCGCUCUCUGCUGUCUCUCUGUCUAACCUCUCUGGCCCUGACUCUCUCUGUGCUGGCUUUCUGCACCUCCUACUGGUGUGAGGGGACACACAAAGUGGUAAAACCGCUCUGUCUGUCUCCUGUGAAGAUGAAGAACUGUGGUCAGAACAACAGCCAGCCCUAUACAACUGAGAGCCCAACUCCAGACCCCAAAACUCCUGAGACCAAUGCAACAGUUUCUCUGAAGCAGAAAGAGGAGCAAGUGUCAAUGAAGGCAAAGAAGCUGGCCAAUGCAGUGCACUAUAUCUGGGAAACAGGAGAGGACAAAUACAUGCUUAGAUACUUUCACACCGGAUUCUGGCUCUCUUGUGAGAAACACCAUAGCGGUGAAGGAGAGAAAUGUCGAAGUUUCAUUGAGCUGACUCCUGAAGAAGCACAAGGGGUUCUUUGGCUCUCCUUGUUUUCUGAGUUCAUGUAUAUCACUCUGCUGGCCAUGGGAUUUCUUAUGAUGUGGAUGGAGUUGCUGUUUCUUUGCUUGAAUAAGGAGAUGUAUGCACUCAAGAUCAAUGCCUUUGCUGCCAUUUGCACCGUUCUCUCAGGAAUGAUGGGGAUGGUAGCACAUAUGAUGUACACUACAGUAUUUCAGCUGACUGUGAGCAUCGGUCCUAAAGACUGGAGACCUCAGACCUGGGACUACGGCUGGUCGUUUGCACUGGCUUGGAUUUCUUUCAGCUGUUGCAUGGCUGCGGCUGUCUUCACCCUAAACUCCUACACCAAGACUGUGAUUGAAUUGAAGCACCGUGCUCGUAUUUACCUGGAAGACGCUACCAGCCAUGCCCCGCCUUAUGACGAUAUAAUCAUGGCUGGGGCUAGCCGCAGCAUCUACUCUAUCAACCUUCCUCUUCAUCACUGCCAACAAAGGAAGCUGAUUGACACCACAUGGCCAUCUAGAAAGGAGGGUCUUCCUAGGUUGAUGAUGGAAGGAAUGAACGCUGAGGGACUGCUGAUGCUGGGAAGGUGUGGGCCGCAGGGCUGCGAAGACUGCGAGAGAGAAUUGGACAAGAUUACGGAUGUUUUGGAGAAAGACGGCGGCGAUGAGGAAGAUGAAAUAUGCUGAGAUUACGUGGGAGGAAGGACGCAAAUGAAAAUGUCUGUCAAAAAGCCAUGAAAGGCAUGGUGGUAAAAAAAAAUAAAUCUGUUCCCCAGUCAAAUUUCCAUGUUUUUUUUAUCACUGCAUAGUUAUAA